AUGCAGGAGGCUGUUUCUUAUUUGAUGCAAGGGUUGAAAGACAUGGGCUUCGACAUUGACUUGUUGUACGUCAGCGGAUAUGUUCCCGGUUUCCGGGUUAGAUCCACUUCCCGACGGCUAGGGCCGCAGGAUGAGAAGCAGAUGUGGCUGUCCAUUAGUCGAAUCGGAGUGAUGGACAUAUUAUUUUUCCAGUGGCUGUUGGAACUAGAGGGGAAGGUCGGAAUGCAUUUGGAAGAGCUCGUGGAUAUUGAGGUCGAAGUAGUGUGUCUCAACCCUAAAGAAAUAGCAAUGAUAGCCAUCAGUUGUGAUGUUAAGUGUGUCAAAGUCGAUGACAGCGCUUUUACUCCUGCGUCCCGCCGUUUCAAAACGGCGGCGAGUGCAGUCUGGAUGCGUGCUCGAGAUACUGGACAGAGAAUUUCACUGCGGCGGCACCGCGCCGUGCGCACCUGGCUAGGGGGAUCUAUUUCAAUCCGUGACGGUCCUGACGGCUUAGACAUGGCCACAACCACCUUGGUCCAGAAUAUGGGCUACAUGAUCUACAUCACCGUCGCUGGUGGAUCAAGCGUGACUACUUGA